CGCGUCCACCGCGCGUUAUCCUCACCCACUCCAGAGCUAUUUCCUACUGGCAUAAUCUCACCGCAGUCGGGGAAGGCAGUACUCUUUGGGUACGAUAGCCCAUAUACGGGGAAAGUAACAUCUCACGGUACUGCGCAUCGCCCACGACCUCGUCUACUUCCGUCGCCGAGACAGAGGUAGCUGCGGGCUUGUCGGCGUGUCUCCUCUGUCGUCCUCUUUAUCCUCGUCGUCGACAUCGAGCAGCACGACCUCUCCCCAUACCAAAGGCUACCGGAUGACAAUUGGCACGAUAUCGAUCCUCUGAUUAUACCCGACCUCUGUAAUCUAUAUUGAACGCGAUCCGCGACAAUACCCGGCCAAACGUAAUGUCUUCCUCAACGACCACGUCGCAGUCUGGCUCGGACUCCUCCACGUUUACCGCAGCGUCGUCCUCGAGCUCGUUAGCAUCCUCGGCGCAAUCGGGCACGGUGACUUCGAGUCCGACGACCACCUUUCCCCCGUUCACGCCAGCGCCGAUACCGUCAUCCGACUUCAGCCCUGCUGCCACGGCUGCCAGCAACAACAGUGGCAACCCCGCGUUCGGAACAAGCAGUACGUUGUAUUUGUACACCUUCCUGGCGACGCUCGUCCUCCUCCUCGGCGUCUCGCUCGCGAUCGUACUGCGCUCGCUAUGCCUCCGACGCCGACACCGGCGUAUGGUCGAGGAGGCGAUCCGGAACGGGACGUUCCAUCCGGGGAUGCUCAACCCCUCGCUGGACGCGCGCGAUCGAUGGCGGCUGCGCACGAGCGGUACGGUGCCGACGCCGCUCGAGAAGCCCGGGAUGAUGGAGGUGCACCUCGGCCAGCCGAUGGGGUACGCGCAAUACGUCGCGCCCGGGCCCGAGCGGAAGUCUGUGGAGGCAGAUGAGGGCAAGGAGGAUAGCUGGCGAAGUAUCAACCCGAUAUCGGCCGCUGUCAUAUCGCCCCCAGCCCCUGCUGUGCUGGCCCAUGCAGGUGUUUCACCGAUACCGCCAGUCGUGUCUCCGGCACCUCGAGAACGCUCAAGAUGGUUGCCGCAUAUAUCACCCGAUUUGCCAUGGCGUUCCCGGCAUCGUCAACGAGAUGCGGAGAAUGGUGGCGUCACCCCUCAAACCGUCCAGACAGACUUGCCCGCCACGACCCCUUUGCAACCGCGUCCGGGGAUGCCAGCGCCAGGUCCUAUACCGCUCGAACCUAUGCCGACGCCUGGUCCCAAGACCGCGACUGAGGGUGGAUUCAGUGCUGCGAGCGCGAGCUCGGGGCUGAACUUGACUGUUCUGAUCGCCAUGCCCUCGCCCGCUGUCUCCGCCCAACGCGACACCGGACAUCAACGAACGAACAGCACGGACAGCAUCGACCGAGAGAAAGGGAAGCAAAGGGCUUCGGUCGAUGCGAGCAGUUCGGUGGAUGGUGACGGCGAGGGGGUGCCGGACGUCGUCUUUGGCGUGGCGCAGGUGAAAGUACGGCCUGAUGUUGACGCGAGCGCGGAGACGAGUAAUGUUGGCGUGAAGGCGGCUUCAUGACAUUGAAUUAAGACGACAACACGAUCCCAUGUGUACCAAUUGAUUUUGCACUGACC